AUGUCCAGCACCUCCUGCCAGUCGGGCCCAGGCAACUGCGGCCACACAAGUUGCCUCGACGGAAAGGUCGUCAAGUUGCUGCUGGUACUUCCGCACACCGCACUCGUCCUGGCUGAGCUCCAGCAGGCUGAUAAGCUGCACCAGCUUGGCCUCCUCAGGGUCAGCGUCGCUGCCGCUGGGCAGCUCCUCCACGUUGGCCAGGGCGAAGUGCACUCUGGAACCUUCACGUGGCCGUCCUCCUGCCGUGUCGGCUCUGCCGCCUGGGCCACGCUGCAAGCUGUCACGCCGUGCUGCAGCGCCGUCCUCCUGCCAUGGCGCACGCUGCCCGCCAGCACGCCGUUCAGCAGAGCGAGGCAGCAGCAGGCGGUCGCGAUGCCGCCGAAGCCGAGCACGAGCGUCGGAACGUUGGCGCCGCUCCCUGCGGUGCCACGCCGGCGAGCGCUCGCGCUCGCGAGGUUCCUGGAGCAGCUGCUGGCGGACUGGAGGGGCGGGACUAACAACGACGUCUGGGAGCAGCUUGCGUUGUCGACCCAGCAGCCGGAGGACACGCAGGCGAUCGCCGAGGGCGCCGCGCUCGAGCUGCAGCUGGCCGCCCACGACGACGACAGGACGGGCGAGGCGUGUUUCUUCGGCGUGGUGCUGGCCCGCCUCUCGGCUGGCGGGGGCGUCCGGCUGCGGGAGGACGCCGUCCAGGAUCUGCAGGCGGCCUGCGCGGCGCUGCUGGGACGCCACCUGGACUUCGCUGCGCGCAUCGGCGGCCUCCGGAGCUCCUUGGCGCCCCCCCCCCUCCGCGUCCACGGAGGGCAGCUGGGCCUCCCAGAGACGCUGUGCGCACCACGGACCUCCCGGCUGCACAGCCGAGGCGUGGAGGUGGACGGGCCGCUCUGA